AUGAAAAUAAACGAGCACGAAUCAAUAAUUGGACAAUUUUGUAUUCUCGUUCCAUAUUGUUCUAAACACGUCCAAAAAUACCAUGCUUGGAUGGAAAAUGGAGAAUUAUUAAUUGCAACAUCUUCAGAACCUUUAACUCUUGUGGAAGAAUAUGAAAUGCAAAAAAAGUGGCAAGAAGAUUCUGACAAGUUAACCUUUAUUAUAUUGGAUAAACAAACAUUUGAGGCGACUGGUGGUGGCGACGAGAUUGGUUCUAUGGCUGGUGAUGUCAAUGCAUUUAUUUGUCAACAAAACGAAGAAGAAGAGCCAACAACAUUUGAAAUUUCUGUAAUGAUUGCUGAACAAAAAUAUAGAAAUAAAGGAAUUGCAAAAGAGGCUUGUUUAUUACUUAUCAAUUAUAUUUUAAAAAGAAUUAAUUCUGCUUCUAAUUUUAUUGCAAAAAUUUCUUUAAACAACAAAUCAAGUAUUUAUUUAUUUAAUAAACUCGGAUUUAAAGAAGAAUCAUUUUCUGAUGUUUUUCAAUUAUUUACUUUUAAAUUAAAAAAUUGUGAAGCAAAAAAGAUUGAAGAAAUUCAAAAAGAAUUAAAAAUUGUUUAUUAUAAUUGA